AUGAAGCUGUACCUGGCGGCCUUUCUAGGCGCCGUCGCCACCCCGGGAGCGUUCGCUCAUCAAAUCCACGGGAUUCUACUUGUCAACGGCACCGAAACGCCGGAAUGGAAAUACGUCCGUGACGUGGCCUGGGAGGGCGCCUACGAACCGGAAAAAUACCCCAACACCGAGUUCUUUAAGACGCCCCCGCAGACGGACAUCAACAACCCGAACAUCACCUGCGGCAGGAACGCGUUCGACUCGGCCAGCAAGACUGAGACGGCCGACAUACUGGCCGGCUCAGAGGUCGGCUUCCGCGUCUCGUGGGACGGCAACGGCAAGUACGGCGUGUUCUGGCAUCCCGGGCCGGGGCAGAUCUACCUCUCUCGUGCUCCGAACGACGACCUGGAGGACUACCGCGGCGACGGAGACUGGUUCAAGAUCGCAACCGGCGCCGCCGUCUCCAAUACCGAGUGGCUGCUGUGGAACAAGCAUGACUUCAACUUCACCAUCCCCAAGACGACGCCGCCGGGCAAGUACCUGAUGCGCAUCGAGCAGUUCAUGCCCUCCACGGUCGAAUACAGCCAGUGGUACGUCAACUGCGCCCACGUCAACAUCAUCGGCCCCGGCGGAGGCACGCCGACGGGCUUUGCCAGGUUUCCCGGCACCUACACUGUUGACGAUCCCGGCAUCAAGGUGCCGUUGAACCAGAUCGUCAACAGCGGAGAGUUGCCGCAGGACCAACUGAGGCUGCUCGAGUACAAGCCCCCGGGCCCAGCGCUGUGGACUGGUUGA